AUGAGGAAGAAAACCAUUGCUAAAAGGCCUCCUCGUGAAAAAGUUUACAAGCUUUCCACAAAGCCUUCUACUCGCUCCCAAGAUCGGACAUUUACCCCAUCUACUUCUCCUCCUACCUCUCCUCCUCGCUGUGACCCCAUGGCUCGGACCAAAAACACUCCAAGAUACCCUGCCUCUGCCAAGCCGACGCCACCACCAAAGACGACGCCCUCCAAACCAAGCUCUUCGAAACCUGGCUCAUCCAAGGGUAAGCGUCCUGCUGUUGAAGAAUCUGUUUCUGAGACAGCAAAACCUAAGUCAAGGUCUGUUCCUGUGCGCUCACAAAGAGGUAACCCUCAUCGCCCUCUCAAAUCUGUUAGAGAACCAGACAUCGAUCCUUUUGCUCACAAAUCACACUUCAUGACAUCUCACUCAGACUAUAACCCCAUCGUUUCAAAUCUGCAAUGA